AUCACCAAUACCACGCCUCCACGUGUACCAUCACUUCAAUAUAAUCCCCUUUUACAAGUCUCUCAGAUCAACGUGCUUCACUCUCAACUGCUCUCUCUUUCUUCACUUCCGAUUCUCUCGCCUUCAAUCUCCGGCCGCCGCUCUCCGAUACCGAGAUUAGUGGAGACUUCUGAGGAGCUUAAUCAUGGCUGAUGGGGAUUCGGAUUCUGACAGUAGCUAUGUCCUUCUGAGUGAUGGCAAUUCUGUGGGUAGUGAUUCUGAGAACUAUGUCAUUGUGGGUAAAGACGACUAUAUGAGUGCUGAUUCCGGUGAAGAUCUGACUGGUGGAAGCCAAAAUGAGUUGGAGAAGGUUGUGGUUGAUGAAAAUCAUGUGAGUUCUGACUCUGAAAAUGAUCAAUUUUGUGAUAGCCAACAACAGUUGGAGAAGAAUGGAGAUGAUGACAGUAAUGCGAGUACUGAUUCUGAUGAAGAUCUGUCUGUUGAGAGAAGACACCAGUUGAAGAAGCUUGUGGAUUAUUCCAGUUCUGAUUCUGAUAAAGAUCUAUUGGAUUGUGGUGGAUCACUGUGGAAUGAAAGACGUGUGGCUACCAAUGAGUUUCACAGAUAUCCAUGUAAAAGAAUUGGUCAUGUUUGUGGAGAAGAUUGCUAUGAAUUGUCUGGAGAGAAAAAGGCCAAGGACAAUAUUGACAUCAAUAAUGUUACAAUGGAGUAUGUUCUUCCAUUCCUCCCUGCCAAAACACUUUGCAGGUUCAGAAGCGUUGGCAAACAGUGGGAUGAGUGGAUUACCUCUCCUUUUUUCAUUCACAAGCAGGCUUACUCCUUCCGGAACAUCUCUGGUCUUUUCUGUCAACUUCCUGGGGAAAAGCCUUCUUUUGUCUCGCUCAAUAGAGCUGCUUAUGGAAUUCCCAAUCCUUCCCUUAAUUUCUUGCCUGAACCAGUUACUGUAAGGACUGCUUGUAAUGGCCUGCUCUGCUGCGAAAGCUGCGAUGGAGAAAAUACUUACUACAUUUGCAAUCCUGUGAACAAGGAAUGGACAGUGCUUCCCAAGUCAAAGCCUUAUCAUGGACAUGAAUCAGUUGUAGCACUAGCUUUUGAGCCUUCUGUGCUUGACUUUGAAGAACAUUUUCAACUUGUGUGUGCCUUCUCUGUACCUGAUGAGCCAGUGAUCUGUUUUGAUAUAUACUCUUCAAGUUCGAGGUCUUGGAAACUCUCUCAGACAGAAUGCUGUGAGAUUGAUGCUCUGCAUUUGAAAGGUCAUGGGAUCUUUUUGAAGGGAAUGGUAUUCUGGGAAACUCUUACUGGCGCAAUUUUGGCUUUUAAUCUGAAGGAGGAGCAAUAUGGUAUUUUGCCUCUCCCUCCUCACAGCGGACCACUAGGUGUUAUGGCAGAGAUGUACGGCGAGCUGUGUUAUAUUCUGCCUGUUCUGGAAGACUAUGUAUACACCUUGGAGAUCUAUGGUGAUAUGGACAUGAAACUGAAGCGCAGAAUUCCUCUUGCUGAUGGUAUUUUCACCAAUGCUUAUGAAGAGUUGAGGGCUUUGGCUUGUGUAACUGAUGAUGUGGUGAUCAUGCUUCUUGGAAUGAAAUUGAUUGCUUAUCAUGUGAAAGCAGAGAAGGCUGAUAUCAUACAUAGUUAUACUGGGAUUAUUGCUGGAUAUGCAGGUUAUCUUCCAUAUGUGAACAGCCUGGUGCACAUAAAUCACCCAUGAGCGGCAUUGGAUCCUACAAUCAAGCUAGCUUAGAGUCUUAAAUCUCCCACCGACCGACCUCUCUUUCAAUCUUGACUAUCUGUUGAUUUUAGGAUUCUUGGUUUGCAAGUUCAUAUUUGAACUUCUUUGCAAGUUUGUGAAGGAGUUCGUAUUUUGGAACUUGUUUUUAGUCAUAAUUUUCUUUCUGUGUAUUGAUGUCUAUAUGUUAGAUCAUGAAAACAUAACUGGGUUUAUUAGUAA